CUGAGUUGGCAGUACCACGCUUCACGGGCGCACCUAAUCCUACGUAUAUUUUAUUUUUGCACUAGGUUCAGCCAAAGAAGAUCUGUAAAAGUCACACCAACCAGACUAAAGUCCUCACUGUUUCACCUCAAUGAGCUCCUCUAUUGUUGCAAAUCUUUCCCAGGAUGCCGACUCAUCUACUGCGAGUCCCCCUAGAGGAUGGAGCGCCACAUUCACAAAUCCUAAGAAUGUGGAAAAUAUGCUCAAAUAUUCCACCGGUUUGGAAGCAACCCUUCAACUCUCCGACGACAGGGGCUCGCGCUAUAUUUUUUCAUCGGGCAAGGAGUACUACAUUUGGAACACAGUGAGCCAGCAAGGAUGGCGCAUUCUCAACGUACAGAAUCGCGAGGACUUGUAUAAUGGUAUCGCUAGGGGCAGAGGAGGACUGAAGCUUGAAGAACUACCGGAUUAUGGAAGCGAUCUCGACGGAUGAUCGUUCUUACGGCACUUGUUUGGUGUGUAACUUCACUUGCACAAGAUUGUAAGAGAUCGUAACUUUUAAUACUUGGGCCAUGUGGUCGAUCGAAAUGAGUACUUUGUCUUCACAGAUUCAAU